AAAUAUUCAUCUGCCUUAAUAAAUAGUUCAAUACUUAAAUCGGUGCUCUUCAAAGAGUAAUAUGGAUCGAAACGUUGUCAUUUUAUUGAGCUCGGAGACGAGAACAUCCCUCGUCGUCCGACUUUGAAUAGAUCCGUCUGUCUCCGUCCAUCUUUACGGCCUUGUGUCCGAUUUUGAGGAGGCGACCAUAAUUGAUGCUGCUUCGAACUUUGUUCAUAGUACUGCAGCGAAGACGAACAUGAAAGUCGCUUUCUUUCUUUCAAUCGCCAUUCUGUCUCUUCUUGCUUCAUGGUCAUCUUCUUCUCCUUCCCUUUCAUUCCUCGGAAUUGCCCCACAAGAUGAGAAUUACUUCCGAAAAGAGACCAUUAAGUGUAGGAAUGGAUCCAGGAAGUUCACUAAAGCUCAGCUCAACGACGAUUUCUGCGAUUGCCUUGAUGGCACCGAUGAGCCAGGAACAUCAGCUUGCCCAGAAGGAAAGUUUUAUUGUCGGAAUGUGGGACACCUUCCCACUUCUCUAUACUCAUCCAUGGUGAAUGAUGGCAUCUGUGAUUGCUGUGAUGGGAGUGACGAGUAUGAUGGUAAAGUGAAGUGCCGAAACACUUGCUGGGAGGCAGGCAAGAAGGCUAGAGACAAGUUGCAGAAACUGAUAGAUAUGUACCGAGAAGGUGUAACCAUAAGGAAAAGGGAAGUUGAACAAGCAAAAGAAGCAAUCUCCAAAGACAAAGCAGAACUAUCUGUGCUGAAAGCUGAAGAAAAGUCCCUUGACAAAUUAGUAAACCAACUGAAGGUACGGAAAGAGCAAAUUGAGAAGGCUGAGGGAAAAGAACAGUUAGAGAAAGAUAAUGAAGAUAGGCCAAAUGUUCAGGAAAACUUUGAGUCCACUGAGGCAAGCGGAAAGGAAGACUCGUUGACUUCUGAGGAUGACGUGAUUGGUCUUGUGGAACAGGAAGAGAGUAAAAGUGAACAUGAAGAUACUAAUGUUGCAGAAGAUGGAUCAGAAAGCAUAGAGGACAUGUCAAAGGAAGAGAUAGGUCGCCUUGUGGCUUCACGUUGGACAGGGGAAAGAACUGGACAAGUUGAGGAAACUGGCUCUGGUGCAGAUAGCAAUGAAGGGAAGGAUGGGAGUCUGAAUAAACCCAGUGAUGGUGAUAGCGAGAAGAAUGUAUAUGAUCACCAUCAAUCAUCCAUAACUGAUGAUCUUGAUAGUUCCAGUGUUGUGCAUGAACCAGGCUUGGAUAAGCAAACACAGUUUUUAGGUUUCACGAUUCAUAUCCAAUCUUGGCUGAGAAAGAUGCAGGAUGUCAGCCAAAACCUUUUAAGAUCCGUUAGUUGGUUCUCAAGUCCUCUUGAUAAUCUUGAUGCAGAUAAAAUUCGAAAAGAGUACAAGGAAUCUACUGCAAGGUUGUCCAGUGCACAGGAAAGGAUAUCAAGUUUGACAGAGAAGUUAAAACAUGACUUGGGUGUUGAUGGCGAAUUCUACACACUUUAUGGUCAAUGCUUCGAGACCAAGCAGGACAAGUAUGUAUACAAAAUUUGUCCCUUCAAAGAAGCUGUUCAGGAGGAGGGGCAGUAUCACAAAACACAACUAGGGUACUGGGAGAAAUUUGAAGAAUCAUACAGUGCCAUGUUGUUCUCAAAUGGCGCCGGUUGCUGGAAUGGACCACGUAGAAGCAUCAAGGUGAAGCUGAGGUGUGGAUUGAAAACAGAACUGACUGAUGUGGAUGAACCAAGCCGCUGCGAAUAUUUGGCAGUCCUGUCAACCCCUCUAGGAUGUCUUGAUGGAAAGCUUAAGGAACUCGAGGGUAAACUGGAAAUGCUGCAGAAGGAGAAGCCUGAAGGCCACGACGAGCUCUAAACUCGCAGCGAAAUUAACAUGCUCAAUAUCAAUCCAGCCACUCCUAAAUCCUAAUCUUUCUCUCAUUCUCGAUAUGCUCUAUAGAUUCGCUGUCUGACUGAGUCUGAGUUGCGGGCGAUUUCCCAUCAGGAAUCAGAGGUACAGGAGAUGGUAUUAUCUGUAUUCGUUACUGCGUGCUUAGGUUUGACGCAGGAGCUUUCCAUGGUAUAUGCCGACAUUGCUUUUGGAUCACAAAGCAAUAAGGGAAUUUAUUUGAACGAACUGUAAACUCAUUCCGACCAUUCCAUUAACAAAAGGGACCGAAAGUAGUUCUCUUUAGAACGUGGGUUGGUGCUUUGUUGUUAAUUGUUAUGGUGCAGGUGCUGUUAGUGUUUGAUGAUUCCUAUUCCAGGCAGCAGCUAAAGUUGAAUUAAAAAGCCAUCAUUUAUGCUCCCACGUAUUUUAUUUUACUGCAUUGUCCUUGGUCUAUCGACGGUGGUUUGGCAGACAUGUUUUUUCAGUCACAGAGGACUCACAGAUUUCACAAUUAGGAGCGUGCCGCAAUCCGGUUCAUACGAGAUCAAAAUAUCGAGAAUCGUGGUUCAAUAAGGUGAGCGUCAUCUU